AUGAGGUUUUGAUAGUGUUUAAACAAUAAUAAAACUAAGCUUUGAGCAAUAUAGUACGAGUGCGACCAUUUCCAACUACCGCUCUGUAGAGAGAAACGAAAUCAACACUGAAAGAUAAUUAAAAUCGAUAGCCAUACCCUCCUUCCUACAUGCUUCCCCGUUUCUCUAACUACCUCCGCCACACUCCCUUCAACUCCGUCAUGGCACGCGCCGUCACGUGCGCCUAUCACCCUCACUUCUGUUCCGUAUUCAACACCAACGAUAAUGCAUUCCCUUCAUGUAACCCUCCUCGACGUGUCUCUUUCCUCCUUUUCGAUAACAGCGUCAAGAAGCAGCAGUCGCAACCGUUUCGGGGAGUCCGUGCAAACGCCGGCGGACAGAGGGAGUAUCGGAAAGUCAGAAGCCGAACGCCGAAGAGUAAGCCGAAGGAGUUGGAACUCUCCGUCUCCAUUUGCAUUGAAGAAGAUUUGCCGGAUGAUCCUGAAAUCCUGAAUAUUGCAGAGAUGCUUCGUCUCAAUGUUCCAAUGGCAAUGAAACUGGCAUUUGAUGGUUUGAAAGGCUCAGAGUAUAAAACAAGAGAUACUGCUAUAGAUGAUGUUGGUGGGUUUCAAAGUGUUGAGUUAUCCGUGCUUCUUUGCAAUGAUGAGUUUAUACGAAAACUUAAUAAGGAGUGGAGAGAUGAAGAUCAUGCUACCGAUGUUCUCUCAAUGUCACAACAUGUACCUGGACUCGACCUUCCUAUUCUUAUGUUGGGUGAUAUUGUAAUUUCUCUUGAGACAGCGGCAAGACAAGCAGAGGAAAGAGGGCACACUCUUCUUGACGAGAUCCGUAUCCUCAUGAUCCAUGGCUUGUUACAUCUUUUGGGGUUUGAUCAUGAAAUAAGCGAAGAGGCUGAAGUAGAAAUGGAGAAAGAAGAGGAACUCCUUUUGAAGAGUCUUGAUUGGAAAGGGAAAGGGCUAAUAAAAAGUGCAUAUGAUACUGAAGCAAAUUCAAAUUCUCACCAAAGCAGUUCAGAUGAUGAAUUGUCAAAAGACAGGAAGAAAGAUGGCAGUCUUAGAUUUUACAAACCAAAGUUCAGCCAUAUAUUCUGUGAUAUGGAUGGAACACUGCUGAACAGCAAAAGUCAAAUUUCUACUUCAACGGUCAAGGCUUUGAGAGAGGCCUCAGCAAGGGGUGUGAAAAUUGUGAUAGCCACUGGAAAAGCUCGUCCAGCUGUGAUAGAUAUUUUUAAGAGUGUGGAUUUAGCUGGAAAAGAUGGCAUUGUUUCAGAAUUUUCUCCUGGGGUUUUCGUACAGGGAUUGCUUGUUUAUGGUAGACAAGGUCGGGAAAUAUAUAGGAGUAACUUAGACCCAAACGUCUGUAGAGAGGCAUGUCUUUACUCUUUGGAGAAUAAAGUUCCACUUAUUGCAUUUUGUGAAGGCCGCUGCUUAUCACUUUUUCAUGAUCCACUUGUCGAUUCACUUCAUACAAUAUACCGUGAACCAAAGGCUGAAAUCAUCCCUUCAGUUGAACAUUUUCUGGCAUCUGCAGACAUACAGAAAAUGAUCUUCUUAGGCACUCGCCAGAAUGUGGCAGAUACAUUACGUCCAUACUGGUCAGAUGCAACAAACGGUCGUGCCAAUGUAGUUCAAUCCGUGCCAGACAUGCUGGAAAUUGUACCCUUGGGAACAUCUAAAGGGAAAGGUGUAAAAGUGCUGCUGGAUCACUUGGGAAUUACUGCUACCGAGAUAAUGGCUAUUGGUGAUGGGGAAAAUGACGUGGAGAUGCUUGAGCUGGCUUCUUUAGGUAUUGCACUCAGUAAUGGAUCAGAAAAAUCCAAAGCUGUGGCUGACGUAAUUGGUUUAAGCAAUGAUGAAGAUGGUGUAGCCGACGCCAUAUAUCGAUAUGCAUUCUGAGCUGCUUGAAGGCUACUAAAAUGAUUGCAAUCCCUUUCUAUAAGGGUGUAAGUUGAUACCCAUUUUAUUUUUCUUCUCAUUUAUAUUUCUUCACAGAAAGUUAAAGAUGAAGGAAAUAUAUCAUGUCAUUUAUUUUAGUCAUUAAAUCUGUAACCAAUUAUUUUUUCAAAUUGGUAGAAUACAUUGAAGACAAUACAAAUUCAACUCUACUAUUAUAAGGUGAAAAUAACAUGACAGUUGCAUAAA